GCAUGGCGGAAAGCGGCUUGGUCACCGGCCUCCCGAUGAGCGCGGUCAACGCGUCCUGGACGGAGCCCUGCGCCGCGUACACGACGUGCGACCAGUGCAUUGCGGCGAGCAUGACCUGCCACUUCUGCGAGAAAGACCUGCAGUGCCAUGUGAUCGGGUCGCCGAGCGGCUGCAUCACGGGCAUGUCGGCCUGUCACCACAUCGAAGACUGCGUUCGCAAGGAGCCGCAGGCCAUCGGGUAUGGGCCCCCGCCGGCGGUCGUACUCGCCGUGCUCUGCCUCGUGGCGACCAUCAUGGCCUGUUUGUGCGGAUGCUCGAUUCUGACCACGAUGCUGUGCAAGUGCUGCCGGAAGCGCCCCAAGCCCGAAAAGAAGAAGCGCUACAAGCUCGAGGUCAUCUCCGAAGAUGCGUCACAACAAGCUCUCUUGAGCCAAAUCGACGACGAUGAGUUUCAAGUCGACGAGAGCCUCGAAGAGUCGCGGACGGCGCGCCCGUCCGGCAGCAGCUCGAGUCUCCGUUCCUGCGGCUACUCCAUGAUCUGGCUCGCGCUCUUCGCCGUGCUCACGACAUUCUCGCUCAUGUACUACCCGCGCAUCCCAGAGUACCAAAUCUGCAACCAGCAGUUUGACUGGGCGUCGAUCUUUCAGAGCCUUGUGAGCGUACAUCCCAAGAUCAACUACCAGAUCUUGACCAGUGUCUCGAACGAGAACCGAUUUGGCUUCUUCCUCAAGGCCGGCGACGCCGACAUUCAUCACCGAGGCGUCAAAGUCGGCACGUGGACCAUCCGCAACUGGACCGCCGAGGCCGGGGCCGUCACCGACAUGAUGGCCGACGUGCGCAUCGAGCCGGGCUACUCGGAGGCGUACGGGCUCCUGGCAGACUUUCGGGCCGGCACGCUCGUCUUCCAAAUCAACACGACCAUCUCGGGCUCGAUCAAGUGGGGCACGUACACGCUAUACGAGAUUGAGACGGCUGUGCCAUCGAUCGAGUUUCUCGUUGGCGCCAAGUACCCGCGCGACCUCUGCAAGUGCACCGAGUACUACACACCCAGCAACGAAACGCGCCACAAGGCGCUGCCGUAUGCCUAACCUCGUGGCAUCAAC